UUGGCUUGCCAGUAGGCCCGGCGCGGUUGGGAGGGGGUAAGGCGGCCUCGGCGGGGAGCGAAGGGACGAUGCUGACCUCCCUGGCGGCCCGCCCGCCGCCGCCGCCGGGGCUGGCGCGGCUCCUCCGGGCUCGUUUGUCGUUGUCGCCUUCGCGACGGGGCCGCGGGGCCUGGCGGGAGACGGCGGAGGGGAGCGGGGCCGCAGGGCCGAGGCUGAGCCCAUCUGGGGCCGCCGGGGGGCGCCGCGAGAGCGCGUUGAGCGCGGGGCUCCAGAGGAGGGCGGAGGCCCAGGGGGGGCGGCAGCGGGAACGGGGGGACCCCCCGGCCGUGGGACGAGGAGCCCCCCAAGCUAUGGGGCGAGGAGGCCCCCCAACUGUGGGGCUCAGCCUUAGGGGCUCCCCCUUGUCUGUGGGUCCAGACCCUGAGGGCUCCCCCUUAGCCAUGGGGCUCAGCUCUAGGGGCUCCCCUUUAGCCAUGGGGCGAGGAGCCCCCCAAGCUAUGGGGCUCAGCCCUAGGGGCUCCCCCUUAGCCAUGGGGCGAGGAGCCCCCCAAACUAUGGGGCUCAGCCUUAGGGGCUCCCCUCUAUCUGUGGGUCCGGAUCCUGAGGGCUCCCCCUUAACCAUGGGGCUCAGCCUUAGAGGCACCCCUUUAGCCAUGGGGCGAGGAGCCCCCCAAGCUAUGGGGCUCAGCCCUAGGGGCUCCCCCCUAUCUGUGGGUCCGGAUCCUGAGGGCUCCCCCUUUACCAUGGGGCUCAGCCCUAAGGGCUCCCCACUUUCUGUGGGUCUGGACCCUGAGGGCUCCCCCUUAGCCAUGGGGCUCAGCUCUAGGGGCUCCCCUUUAGCCAUGGGGCGAGGAGCCCCCCAAACUAUGGGGCUCAGCCCUAGGGGCUCCCCCUUAUCUGUGGGUCCGGACCCUGAGGGCUCCCCCUUAACUAUGGGGCUCAGCUCUAGGGGCUCCCCUUUAGCCAUGGGGCGAGGAGCCCCCCCAGCUAUGGGGCUCAGCUCUAGGGGUUCCCCCCGUGCAUUAGGGGACCCCCCGCUAACUGUGCCCCCUCCCCCACUGUCUAUGGGUCCCGCCCCACCUCAGUUUUUGGGGUUCUCUACACUCAAUAUGGGUCCAGGCUCCCCCCCGGCCAUGGGACUCAUCUCCCAAGGUCCCCCCCUGGUUUUUGGGGUCCCCCACGUUACCGAUGGGCGCUCCCCCCCGGCCUCGGAGCCCCCCCGAGCAUUCCGGGGUGAUAAGCGUUGGUGCGGCAGCGGAGGAGACCCCGGAAAACAUCGGAGCCCCCCGAGAGCAGCCGUGCCGGCGGUCCUGGCAGCACUGGCCUUGUGCUACUUCAAAGAGCAUCGCUCCAAGGAAGACGCUCUGCUGGAAGCGGUGAGGAUCAACGACCUUUCGGAAGUCACCAGGUUGUUGGAAGACGGUGUAGAUGUCAACGCGAGGCACAGGCUCGGCUGGACUGCCCUCAUGGUGGCCGCCAUCAGUCGGAAUUCCAGUGUGGUGAAGAUCCUUCUGGCGGCCAACGCGGAUCCGAACCUCGGAGACGAUUUCAGUAGCGUCUAUGAGACGGCCAAGGAGAAGGGUCUCCAUUCCUUGGAAGUCCUCGUCACCCGAGAAGAUGACUUCAACAACCGCCUGAACGUCAGAGCCAACUUCAAGGGCUGCACAGCCCUCCACUACGCCGUCCUGGCCGAUGACUACCUGACCGUCAAACUGCUGCUGGAUGGAGGUGCCGACCCUCUCCAGAAGAACGAAAUGGGACACACGCCUCUGGAUUACGCCCGGGAAGAGGAGAUCAAGAACCUCCUGAAGGCCUCGGAGAUCAAGUUCCAGGAGGAGCAACGACGGAGAGAAGCGGAGGAACGCCGGAGGUUUCCGUUGGAGCAACGGCUGAAGGAGCACAUCAUCGGGCAGGAGAGCGCCAUCGCCACGGUGGGAGCAGCCAUUCGGAGGAAGGAGAAUGGGUGGUACGACGAAGAGCAUCCGCUGGUCUUCCUCUUCUUGGGAUCGUCGGGAAUAGGGAAGACGGAAUUGGCCAAGCAGACGGCCAAGUACAUCCAUAAGGACAUCCAGAAGGGUUUCAUCCGGUUGGACAUGUCGGAAUUCCAGGAGCGACACGAGGUGGCCAAAUUUAUCGGUUCUCCGCCGGGAUACGUUGGCCACGAAGAAGGUGGACAGCUCACCAAAAAGCUCAGGCAGUGUCCAAACGCUGUGGUCCUCUUCGAUGAGGUCGACAAAGCCCAUCCAGAUGUCCUCACCAUCAUGCUUCAGCUCUUCGAUGAAGGACGGUUGACCGACGGCAAAGGGAAGACCAUCGACUGCAAAGAUGCCAUCUUCAUCAUGACCUCCAACGUGGCGAGCGAGGAGAUCGCCCAACACGCGCUGCAGCUCCGCCGCGAAGCCCUGGAGAUGUCCAAGAAGAAGAUAGCGGAAAACUUAGAUGACGUCCAAGCGACGGAGAAGGUCACCAUCUCGAAGCAGUUCAAGGAGAAGGUCAUUCGCCCCAUCUUGAAGGCUCACUUCCGACGGGAUGAAUUCCUGGGAAGAAUCAACGAGAUCGUCUAUUUCCUCCCUUUUUGCCAUUCGGAGCUGAUCCAAUUGGUCAAUAAAGAGUUGGAAUUUUGGGCCAAAAAGGCGAAGGCGAGGCACAACAUCACUCUCCUUUGGGAUCGGGAAGUCAUGGAUGUGUUGGCGGAUGGUUACAACCUCCACUACGGCGCCCGUUCCAUCAAACACGAGGUGGAACGUCGCGUUGUGAACCAGUUGGCGGCUGCCUACGAGCAGGAUCUGCUGCCGAGGGGCUGCGUCUUACGGAUCGCCGUGGAAGACUCGGAUAAACAGCUGCUGAAACCCAAGGAUAACGCUCCUUCCGGAGCGGAAAAUGCCAAAAUUCCCACCCUUCGCUUGGAAAUCGUGGAGAAGGACAGCAAAGCCCGAAAAUUGGACAUCCAAACGCCUCUGAACCCGGAAAACAUCUCCUACUUCUUGUAGGCAACAACGGGCGCUUCCGGAACUUCUCCGGAAGAAACUACGGAAUUCCGGUGAGAGCAGAGGCGA